GGGUAGAGGAAGAAGAAGAAGCGCGCUACGCUGGUGUUUACGUUCUCCUACUUCCGUAGCUAUCCAAAGCGAAAAAAAAAAAAAGCGUCACUCAUCUACAGUUUAAUCCAAUAAUUUGAGAAGAAACACUCGGUCAUGUUUCACUUUUCUAACAUAAGCAUAAGAGAUGAUUGGCAGAUAAAUAUCAGUAAGGUCGUUUGCUGUCCACUGUAGGCGCUGUGUCGUGAGUUUUCCUCAUCAGUCACCAUCGCAGGCGAAGCUAAAGCUAAAGCUGGCGGUGUGUUAGCUGCGGGUCAGUGGCAGUGGACAUAAUUUGAUAAAUCGUUGCCUGAUCCGCAUUUAGUCCAGCGCUAAUUUAGAUCUCUAACAAGGCAGUCAUGGCCACUAGGCGACUGACCGAUGCCUUCUUGUUAAUGCGGAACAAUGCAAUCCAAAACCGGCAGAUAUUGGCUGAGCAAGUGAGUACAUACGACCCCCGUCUGAGUACACGUAGCAAUGCUGCGGAGCUUGAUGAGUUGGCUGAUGAUCGGAUGGCCCUGGUGUCAGGGAUCAGUCUGGAUCCUGAAGCUGCCAUUGGAGUCACCAAGAAACUGCCCCCAAAAUGGAUAGAGGGGGUGGAUGAGAUCCAAUAUGAAAUCACACGGGUUCGGCAGAAGAUGAAGGAGCUGGCGAUACUUCAUGACAAGCACAUGAAUCGUCCUACGCUUGAUGACAGUAGUGAAGAGGAGCAUGCAAUAGAAAUAACUACUCAGGAGAUCACACAGAUGUUUCAUCGAUGCCAGAGAGCUGUGACGGGUCUGCAGUCUCGUUGUGGUCACUGCACCGAGCAGGAGGAGAGGCUUUUGAGAAACGUGGUCUCAUCUCUAGCCCAAAGUCUGCAGGAGCUGUCCACUAAUUUCAGAUACACACAGUCCGGUUACCUAAAACGUAUGAAGAAUCGUGAAGAGAGAUCAAAGCACUUUUUUGACUCUGGGCCCCUUAUGGAAGAAGAUGAAGAUUUAGCUAUAUAUGACAAGGGCUUCACAGAUGAUCAGCUGAUGCUGGUCGAGGAGAACUCGGUUAUGGUUGAAGAAAGAGAGAAGGAGAUCCGACAAAUAGUGCAGUCUAUCUCGGAUCUGAAUGAGAUUUUCCGAGACUUGGCCACCAUGGUGGUGGAGCAGGGCACCGUUCUUGACAGAAUUGACUUCAAUGUGGAGCAGGCUUGUGUUAAAACAGAAGAUGGACUUAAACAGUUACAAAAGGCGGAACAGUAUCAGAAGAAAAACAGAAAGAUGCUGGUCAUUUUGAUUCUCUUUGUCAUAGUCAUUGUUCUAAUUAUUAUUCUUUUUGGAACAAAGUUUUAAUGAUGCAUUCCUCUGGCUUUUGUUUGUCUGUGUGGGUGUUUGUUGUGCAUCUGUGUGGACUUGGACUUGCUCUCUGUUCUACUGAGAAAAAAAAAAAGCUAUCUGCCUUUCAUACCCACUUGGAAAUGAAUAAUAUGAAAUCUACAUCUCUUUACUGGUGCACUUUGGUCUGUGUGGAGGUCUUAUGUGGUUUAUUUAAAUGAAAAAAAAAAUCAGUUUGAUCUAUUGGCUAUUUUAUAAAGUGAAACACCAUAUUGCAAAGAGACUGCGGCAGAAGUUUGUAGGACUGUACUUACAGUAUGUUGACACGGUGUCUUAACAAAAGGAGAAAAAAAAACUUGGUAGUGUAUAAAACAUGCACUCACUAUGUUUAAAUGCUAAAGCAGAGAUCUAUCUGCUUGAACUCUAAGCACUAACUGUAACAUUAAUCGUGUGAAAAUGCCUCGUUUCUGUCCCCUAUCAUCCCAAACAUCUUGUUUUUAUUGUGAGGAAGCUGUGACAAGAACAAAUGUUUGUGGAACAGAAAUAUGCAUCUUAACAUUACAUUUAUGUCCUGGCUCAGUAUUUUACCUUGAAAGAGUAAAACUUUCAAACAAGGACAGUCCCAGAUAGAAAUAGAACCGUCAUUCAGUACCAAAUAUAUUCCUUCAGAUAAAGGCCCACAUAUUUCUUUUUUUUAUGAUUUAACUCCCCCAAAUGUAUUUAUUGAUUGUUGUAACUCCACUGUUGGCCUGGGGAGGAUGUAAACACUUAUCUUAUUCUUCAUUUAAAAUAAUGUCACAUCUGCUGCACUUUUCAUCAAGUGCUCCUUUAAAAAACAAAAACUAUGUUGUUUUGUGUCACAUGGUCCUUGCAUAAAGUGCUACCUUUUUAAACUCUUGCAGUUUGCACAUUAAGGCCUGAGGGUGAAGGUGGCUGUGUUAUGGAUGUAAUACUACUGUCAUCUGUAUGAUGAAAAGAUUUAUUUAUUUUUUAAUAAUGUCAAAUAAUCAAGAGGUGCAGAGAUGUCCUGCAUCAGACAGAAUUGCUGUAUGAUGAGUAAAGAGUGUCUGUAGUACAAACUUAA